UGCCGUCGCCUUAUGUUGUCGUUUGGUACGCCACAUGUGACCGAUGGCACAUUAAGCCAAUAGUGUUUGGGUUAGUGACAGUUCGGCUAAUCGCUGUAUAGCAACUGCACUUCACUGGACCAAUGAGAUUGUUAUGAAUUGAGUUGGCCAAUCACGACAAAGGGGGUGGAAUUUCGUUCAAGGAGCGCGAACGGUUCAGAAUGUCUUGACGAUGAGAAAAUGGCGACCGCUUAGCAACUUAACAAAAUGUUAUGCUACAUUUUGAGACGUUUUCAUGGAUGUAGUUAUUUCAUACGUAUCGCGUUGUGUGUCAGACCGAUACUGGAGUAAAAUGUAUCGCUACACGAGUCGCAGUAGCUUCUUCUGAGCCAACUUCGUGCUCGCUUGGUAGCUAUAUUGAAGUUGCUGUUGCUAAUGGUGUUUGCUGAAUGACGCAUAUUUUCGAACGUACAUUGAAUUGACAUUUAGUGGACGGCAAUAGGGAGGAACUGCUUGACAAUAUGGCUUUACAAAACCUCGUGUUUGUCGUCGAUGUGGAUUACAGAACCCGACUGGACGCCAGAAAACAUCUAUUGAAACGUGGAAUUUUACAGAUGUUACUUCACUACGGCUACAGGUAUGGGUUUGAUAAAGUACGCUGGGGAUAUAAAUUCUUCCAGACGAAGACUGGACGAAGCGCCAGCCUCUUAACGAGGGGGUCUGACUUUAAGGAGCUUCGCUACAAAACAUUCGAUGACUUCGACGUAGAGUUUGAUGCCAGGUUUGACGGCAAAGACAAUGACUUCAUCCCCCAACAGAAGCAGCCAUGCAAUCAGUCUGCUUCAGUGCAGACUGCACUCAAAGAAAUCUUGCUGGACUUCCAAUGGGACCGACCAGACAUCACUUCUCCUACGAAGCUGUCCUUGAGGCCCAGAAAGGCGAGCCUAUCUGGCAAGCCUUCUCAUUCGCAGGAGGACGACCUUUCAAACCACGGGAGAAAUGUAGUGUUUAUUGUAUCAGAGUGUCCACGAAGCUGGAUUCAACUGGUUGACUAUCUCUCUGCGGGAAACCUUGACAUUCAUUCAGACUUGUCCGAGAACAUUCUAUCCAAAGCUGUCCAGGACAUGCUAGCCCAGAGGCAGGUCGUGCUGCAGUGGCUUGACAGCACUCCUCAUGUUCAGAACAUGCAACGUGAGGACCAGCUAGGCUUUGACAAAAUCUCUCAGGUCCUGGCACAGGUUGGUGGCAAAGUGAUCCCGUUGGUGGCACUGUUGAGCCCGUCCUCUGCUCAGAAGACAGACGCCGGCAUUGGGAUUGAGAGCUUCCCGUUCCGGUCCAGUCUAGGAUACUUGCUGUGCUCUGAACACCAGCACUGCCUUGCUUUUCCUGCCACGGGGGGCAUUCUCUGGCUCAACCAAGGUGGUGUUGCACAGAGCUGUGCUAUUACUUUAGAGCCAGUGUCCUGCAGUCAGUGCCCUCUCCCUCAGGGUGUGGAAGUAUGUCUGAAGAGUAUGCUGCAGGGCUGGGAUGCCUCUUCACUGUCACACACCAACACAGAGUCGUGGCUGCUUCAGUGCCCCAGCACAAGUGAGCCAGGAGCUGCUGCUUUCCUUCAUAUCCUGACGGAGAUGUUUGCUCAUUCUCUCUCCAUGGUUGCUGAGGUGAGCGUUAGUGGCCUGUUGUCCUCGGCUGUCCUCGCUCCGUUGUCCCAAUUUUCAGCUCUGCUCACCAUCAUCCAGCCUGUGAUCACUCAGCCCCAUCAGCCCAUCAACACCCCUGAGCCUAUAUCCUCCACCACCACAGCAGCAAUCUCUGCUGACCUUCCAGAAGUAGUGAGCAGUGUCUUAGGUGUCGUAUAUGACAUGAUGGAGCAGGAUGGUGACAGUGCUGAUGAUCAUCCAAAUGAUUAUAUUGUUCCCGAGUGGGCCCAGCAGGAGCUCAGUCAUUGCCCACUGACAGCGGGAUUGUUGGAGACAUGGUUUCCUCAUUCAGAUCACUCCGGAGUCACUUCCCAUUUGAUGGAGUCAUUGAGGUUGCUCCAUGCAGUACCUGACCAAAGAGAAGAAGACGAGUAUCUCUCCCAUAAAGAGCUGAUCAAUGACCUUGCAGAGCUGUAUCAGACAUCAAAGGCUUCUGACAACAAGAGGAGCAAGAAACGAGGCCCCCAGCGUACUCCUGUGAAGCAGAAGAUGAAGACCAUGAGUCGCUCCUUGCAGAUGCUGAAUGUGGCUCGGCUCAACUUAAAGGCCCAGAAGAGCCAGGCUGACGCAGAACCAGUGGGGUCAGAGGGCAAAGGGGCUGAGAGACAGACCAAGAAACUCUCCAACAACAAAACAAGAGCUGGAGGAGCCAACGUCAUAGCCUUCACUAGUGAAGCCGAGUUGCUGUCUCAUCUGAAAUCCACUUAUGAGAAGACCAUUGCAGAACAAGACUCUUCUCUCCUCACUGGUGUUCAGCAGCUUCUGACUGCUGUGAAAACAUUCCUCGUGGAAGGACCUGAGCUUCAGGUCAAGACCCUUCAGUUUUCCCAGCAGCACCUUCUUAAGACCAGCAGAUCUAUCAGGCAGUCGUAUGGCUCAGCAGCAAAUUUGGAGAGCAAAGUCAGAGAGUGCCAGCUCCAGGCAUGGCUCAGGUUGGAGUUGUGCAGACAUUUCUCCUCUGAACAGGCUGAUUGUCUGGAUGCUGAACAGAUUGCUGAAGAGGUGGCUGAAAUGAUGAGAAUUAUAUCCCUGACAAAAGACCCCGUGACUCUCACAAGGUUCCUUCAAGAUGACGUCCUCCCAGUGUUUCUGACAACCAUCCCAAGAGUUCUGGCAGACAUUUACCACAGUCUGGGCACGCAACUCCCCGAGGCCUUGGUGGCCGUUCUUCCUACAGACUUCUUCAGUGACGAGUCAGUAGCCAAGGACAGUGUUUCUCCUUCAGCAUCCUUGGCCUCUCUAUCCACACACAGCCUGGCUUCGAACAGUAGCGAUCGUCUGCAAGACCUGCGAAAUCGCUCAGCUAAAAAACAGAGGAGCAGAAUGCUGACCCGUCAUCGCAGUAUGACUGAAUCAUCACAGAGUUUACGCCAAAUAGAGAUGCCCAAAAAGACGACACGAAGUUCUAAAUCAAAAGCCUGUACUGCUCCGGAAAAAACAGUGGCAGUACCACAACCUCAGAAACAAGAAACACACGAAGUUACCAAGGUGAGAAGAAACUUGUUCAACCAAGAGAUGCUUUCUCCAUCCAAGAAGGCCAAACUCCCAAGGAGCCAAUCUUUGUCUACUGUGGAAGGACUGAAGCGCAAACGAUGUAAUGGGUCUGAAGAGGGGCACAGACUCAUAACAAAGAAAGUGUGUGAAACACCCCACCAUAAGCAAGGAUCCAACAGGCUCCUUUAUCGACAAAAAAUGGGACGAAGGUCUGUGCCAAGUGAGGAGUGCAUUGUAGAAGAAUCACCAGUAAAACCAGCAGAGGUCAGAAGGAGCCCGAGGAUAAAGAAGUUUGCUAGGAGACACUCCAACACCUUUUAUUCAAGUUCCCAGCCUCGUUCCCGCAACCUGGAGAGGGCGCUCUCUGCUUCCCAGCUUACACUCAGCGAAGGAAAAAUUCAAAAUGUUAAUGUGAAAAAAGUACAGUCACCCAUGAGGCUUCUUUUUGGGGCAGCUGAGUCUCCCUGUCGUCCUUCUACCUCUGCGGCAGCAACCAGGACCACCAGGUCUCGGCUCUCCACAGACUCCAGUGUUUUUGAGAGUCCAGACAAGACACCGGAAAAGAGAUGUGAAAAAUCCACAAGAGGCCUUUGUCUGAGCACAACCCCCAGAACUCCUCGCACACCUUCUUCCCGGGUGUGUGGUCUCUCUGUCAAGAGUCCUACUGGUCAUCCUGAUGUGGCUCUGAGAGGCAGUUGUUUCAGAUCUCCUGCUAAAAAGACUUUUGUAGUAGAGACAACCUUGAAGCAAAGUCCUUUAAGGAGUCCACUAAAGGGCAUUCUCAGAACUCCUGUCAAGACUUCGGAAUGUGCCUCUCCCACUGGAUUCCAUCUAUAUUCCAAGACUCCAAAAAAGAGUGUUACUUGGUCUCCAUCACCAAGAAAAUGUGUUGUGCCAGAGGAUGUGACAUUCAAGAUGCCUGAGUCUCCUCGCAUGGUGUGUCCUGGUUCACCAAGAUUGGUGAGGACACCUAACAAGUUCUACAGCCCUAUAAAAAGCCACAGCAAAAUAAAGGGGACCCUCAAGACCCCUGAGAAGACCUGUCAGGUAAGCUUACUCAGGAUUUCACCGUAUUCAAGAAGGGCCGAUUUGCUACAGGACAACCCUCAAUCCUCUGAAAAAGUAAACACUCAGCUGGAGGCGGUGCCUUUACAAGUGUUUCCAGAAGAAGAACACAGUCUCUUUCCUACAGCCAACACUAGAAGUCAAACCAAGAUACUGAGCCCUACUCACCACAUGGCUACUCGCUCUGGGCGAACACCAGGUAAAAGUCCAAGCACUGCAUCCCAGUCUAAGCAAACAAUGACAGCAUUAGUAGCCAAUUCAACCAUGUCUCCAGGAAAGUCCCUGAUAGUUGCUGAAACCACCAGUAAUAAACCCCAGCCAAGUGACAGUAUUACCUUAGCACUGGAUACGGACUCUCCAUCUACAUCUACCGCAAUUCUGGAAUGCAACUUGCAGUCAGAAGAGAAAAGGGCUGAAAGUUUGCAAAUGUCUCAAUGUGAGACAAGUUCUCAGUCUGAUUCACAAGUCAACACCACCAGUGACGACAGUAUUGACAUUGUGGAUGCGUUAGUUGUAAAGACGCAGUUUAGCGGAGGCCUCAAAAUGAAAAUCAGCUUUUCCCGCAAACCGUCAAAGUCCAGUGAAGAUUUUGCAUCAGAAAUGCCUUCCUCCAACCCGCACGUACAUGGUACACCUGGUCGCAGCUAUGGCUUCAGACAGACUCCCGACCGCCAGCAGCGGGAAGCGGCUGCUCGUUUGGGCUACUCGAAUGAAUUCCAAAGGUUUUCAACUCCCAGAGGGCUAUCUAGGCAGCGGCAACAAAAAGGCACAGGUACACCAAAAUCUACUUCCUAUCAAGUAGAAAUGGAAAUGCAAACCUCUGGGCUUCCCAAACUUAAAUUGAAAUGCGACUCUACGAAUGCAAGCAAUUUGGUCACUGAUGACGGACUUCGACUGGGAGCUCAGAGCCCUUCCGUCAGCAUUAAACCUUCACCAAUGGAGAGCCCAUUGGCAUUGUUCCCCAAACACAGAGAUCCUGGUUGUGUUUCACCAUCCUUCUGUACUCACAUCACGCCUGCCAAAAGCACACCCAGAAAAGGUGGAGUGGUUCAGACCUACAUAUGCCAGUCCUACACCCCAACACACCAUCCUGCGGGAACCACGUCACCAAUUGCAGUUGCAGAUGUUUUCCCCAUGUCCCCAUCCCCUCAGAGUGUCGGAAAGAUGACGCCGGACAACCUGAACAGUUGGCCCCGGCGGAAGAGAGCCCACAUCAGAGGGGUUGGAGGCAAAGAGCGUUGCCAGAAGGGUGAGCCACUGCUUGAGGAGAUGCUGGAGGAAGCUGAGCUUGGCGUGAGCCGGUUGUCAGACAUGGACGAUACUGAUGAGCCCAGCCACAAAGCUCCUCCAAAACACGCAUCUCCUCGGUCUCCUGUGGGAGACUGCAUGGCAGCUGAUCCUAUAAGGCCUGAAGAAGAAAUUAUGUGGACAGCUGGAAGUGGAGACGCCAAGUCCACAGCAGCGACCCCUCCCCAUUCAAAGGUGAGAAAGCCAGUGACAGCGAGUGGGAUUUUUGCCCUCACUCAGUCUCCACUGCUCUUCAAGGGCAAACCAGGAUCCUCAAGCAAGAGAACACCUCGCCAUCAAGACGAAGUGGCAGCCGAGAGGAGUGUGGAAGUCGAAGUGGCACACUCUACCUUCAACCAGCCUAUAACACUCUCCUGCACAGGGCAACGUUACAGCAGGAAAAGACUGAUUCACUGAGGCCCAACAGAGCACCAGAGGUGAAACAUCUUUGUUAAUUUGGAUGCUUUGGGUUAAAUUACGUUUCAAAAAUGUUUUUAUUGAAUUUGUUUUCCUAAAGCUAAAAAUGUUCUCAUUUCUAAUUAAUUUCUCUCAUUGAAUCUGUCAGUUCUGAGCCUAAGUGUUUGAAAUGUGUUUAUUUAUUAGUUGUUUUUUCAAAUCACAAAAAGCAAUUUUAAGUCAAAGGGAAAGGUUUUAUUUGAAUGUAAAUAAUUUGCAGAGUAUUUUGUAAAUAAA